UUUGCUCCCUAUUUCAAAGGCACGACUGACUAACAGAGGAAGUUUGCUUCUAGAAUUUGCCAGAGAAUAACAACAGUGCGUGGUACAACUGCAAGAACAAGAAUUAGUUAAAGAAGAGCUGGAAGCGUGGAUGAGCAAGCAGUUGUUCAACUAUGUCAGAAACAGUGUCAUCUCAGAGGAAGCCCUCGACUAACAAAAAUAUAAAGAAGCUGCGUACGCUAAGUGCGGUGUGUAACCUGGCACGAAGCUGGCAACAGUGGGUAUCUGAGAAUGAAGAAAAGCACGCUAGUGAACCCUCAGGCUGGACCCCAGACAGCGUGGACAAGACGAAAACUGAAAAGAAAGAGCCAAAGAAACCUGUAUCAUCUGAGCUAAAGACAAAACAAUCUCAGGACAAUAAGGAUGGACCAGAGGAUACCCGCAUUAAGACAAAACAGGUGGUGAAAACAGUAACGCGUGAUGUCCAGGAGAAGAGCGCAGGCAUUGAGUUUUUGACCAACCGCAUUUGUAAAGACCCAGCAGCAGAGGAACUGGACAGGGUGCUGAAAAAUAGGAGUUCACCCACCCGGCGUAGGAACUGCUCCAACAUGGUGUCAGAGUUGACACAGAGCUGGAAGAAAGUAGAAAAGGAACGGAAGAGGGCAGGGGAAUCCAGCGAGGGCAGUGGAAUCUCUGAGGCCAAGGAGAGAGCCCUGGACCUGGAUAUUUCAGAGAACCAGGAAAAUGCAGAAGAGAAUGAUACAGAGCCAUCAUUGAUCAAGAGGCCAUCAUCAUAUUGGGCCAAGAGGGAAGCAGAGGAUGCCAAUAAAAUAAACACUCUCUCCAGCAAGUACAGCGCUGUGGGGAACCUCAAGAGCCGCUGGCAGAACUGGGCGUCAGAACAUAGCAUCAGCCAAAAACUUAACCCCUUCAGCGAUGAUUUCGACCAUGGGUACUCCAUGUCCUUGCGUCUGCGAAAGGGAGAGGAGGGCUAUGGCAGGCCCAAGGAAGGCACUAAGACAGCAGAGAGAGCCAAACGCGCUGAGCAGCACAUCCAUCGAGAGAUCGAGCACAUGUGCUUUAUCAUCAGUACCAUGGCUGACCCUGACCCGAAUGGCUACAUCCAGGUCACUUUUGGUGAGCUGUUUGACAGAUAUGUAAGGAUUUCGGACAAGGUAGUGGGCAUCUUGAUGAGGGCCAGGAAGCACGGCAAGGUGGACUUUGAGGGAGAAAUGCUGUGGCAAGGUCGGGAUGAUAGAGUGAUCAUUACACUGCUUGUGUGACAUAAACUUUAUUUUAUAACAUAAUGCACUCCAACAACAAAAAGGAGUGUUGACUUGGCUGCUGUAGAAAAGAUGAAGUAUCGGUAUAAAAAUGGUGGGAGGGUAGCACUGCUGCUAUGGGUAAAUUAUUUCAUUUUACUGAUGAAUGUUGAGAUCUUUUAGAUUUUAGACAUUUCUCAAUUGUAAAUAAAGACUUAACAUAUGUUUGACAGCUUAUUAAAGAUCAUUAUGAUUGCAGGCACACUAAAAUGCAGAAUAAUUAGACCUACAGGCAUUUAUGCAAUAUCACUAUAGUCAAAUAUGUAAAUCAUAAUUAAAUCACCCUCAAGAUAGAUCACUUUAUGUAUCCAGAGGAAAAUUAACAUUUAAUCACUACUUUAUAUAUACUUUAUAUGAACUAUUUCUGUCAUAUACUUAAUACGCCAAUAGUAUUUACCUGUGAUAUGCAUGCAUGUCUGUAUUUGCUGCAAAAAAACUAAUUAAAGUCUACCGUAUUUUUCGGACUAUAAGCCGC